GCGCUGUUUGCCAGCUGCCGCUCUCAGGGCGUUGCUGCUUCCUUGUCCCGCCGCCCUUCCUCUCCUUAGGAGGAUUGAGCUGAGCUAUGUCCUCACCGGCGUCCACCCCGAGCCGCCGCGGCAGUAAGCGCCGCAGAGGCGGAACUGCCCCAACCGAUGGCGGCGCCAAUCCCGCUACGCCUCUUUCUGAAGAUGUACAGUCUCCUCCUUCGCAACGACGUCACACAGAAGACUCUACAGGAGACUUACAACCAAUGCCCACUUCUCCACCAAUUGACUCACAAAGCCCAAAUGUUCAAGAUACUCUGUUUUCCAGUCCACCACAAUUCCAAAAUUCAGUUCCAAUGGACUUUGAUAUUAGUUCACCACUUACCUAUGGCACACCCAGUUCUAGAGUAGAAGGAACCCCAAGGAGUGGUGUGCGAGGAACUCCAGUGCGACAGAGGCCUGAUCUUGGCUCUGUCCGGAAGGCUAGGCAAGUGGAUCUGCAUUCUGAUGUGCCUACAGCAGAAGACGCAGUGGCUAGUGAACAGUCACUUGGACAAAAGCUAGUGAUAUGGGGAACAGAUGUCAAUGUGGCCUCAUGCAAAGAAAAAUUUCAGAGAUUUCUUCAGCGUUUUAUUGAUCCAACGGCGAAAGAAGAAGAAAAUAUUGGCUUGGACCUUAAUGAGCCUCUGUAUCUGCAGCGACUGGAGGAGAUACACUUGAUUGGGGAGCCAUUUCUGAAUGUAAACUGUGACCAUCUGAAAACGUUCGAUGAAAAUCUUUACAGACAACUGAUGUGCUAUCCUCAGGAAGUUAUUCCAACAUUUGAUAUGGCUGCUAACGAAAUUUUCUUUGACCGCUACCCUGAUUCAGUCUUGGAGCAUCAAAUUCAAGUGAGACCAUAUAAUGCUGUAAAAACCAGAAGCAUGAGGAGCCUGAACCCAGAAGACAUUGACCAGCUUAUCACUAUAAAUGGCAUGGUAAUCAGGAGCUCCCAGUUAAUUCCAGAAAUGCAAGAAGCUUUCUUCAAGUGCCAGGUGUGUGCUUUCACAGCAAGAGUAGAAAUCGAUCGUGGUAGGAUUGCCGAACCAUCAGCAUGCAAGAACUGUAACACCACGCAUAGCAUGGCAUUGGUUCACAACCGCUCAAUGUUCUCGGAUAAACAGAUGAUCAAGCUGCAGGAGUCUCCAGAAGACAUGCCAGCUGGGCAGACACCAUAUACUAUUGUGCUCUUUGCUCACAAUGAUCUAGUGGAUAAGGUUCAGCCAGGUGACAGAGUUAAUGUUACAGGUAUCUACAGAGCAGUCCCUGUUCGUGUCAUUCCAAGAAUGAGCAGUGUGAGAUCUGUCUAUAAGACCCAUAUUGAUGUUAUUCAUUAUUGCAAAACUGACUCAAAACGCUUGCAUGGCAUUGAAGAAGGAACUGAACAGAAAAUGUUUACAGAGGAGCGUGAGACAAUGCUUCAAGAGCUUUCGAGGAAACCCGAUAUUUAUGACAGGCUUUCUUCUGCACUUGCCCCAAGUAUUUAUGAGCAUGACGAUAUUAAAAAGGGCAUUCUUCUUCAGCUGUUUGGAGGAUCAAGGAAAGAUUUCAGCCACACCGGCCGAGGCAAUUUUCGUGCUGAGAUCAACAUUCUCCUUUGUGGAGAUCCUGGUACCAGCAAGUCCCAGUUGCUUCAGUAUGUCUAUAACCUGGUUCCAAGAGGCCAGUAUACAUCUGGGAAAGGCUCUAGUGCAGUUGGCCUUACGGCUUAUGUGAUGAAGGAUCCCGAAACAAAACAACUGGUUCUGCAGACUGGAGCCUUGGUCCUCAGUGACAAUGGCAUUUGCUGUAUUGAUGAGUUUGAUAAAAUGAAUGAAAGUACAAGGUCGAUGCUUCAUGAAGUCAUGGAACAACAAACAUUGUCAAUUGCCAAGGCUGGAAUUAUAUGCCAACUGAAUGCUCGUACCUCUAUUCUGGCUGCUGCUAAUCCAAUAGAAUCCCAGUGGAAUCCAAAGAAAACAACCAUUGAAAACAUCCAGCUUCCCCAUACACUGCUAUCUAGGUUUGAUCUCAUUUUCCUAAUGUUGGACCCUCGAGAUGAAGCAUAUGACAGACGUUUGGCUCAUCACUUGGUUGCAUUAUACUACCAAACUGAAGAGCAGGUGGAAGAAGAGCACAUGGAUAUGGCAGUUUUAAGGGAUUAUAUUGCUUAUGCUCGUAGUUACGUUAACCCAAGACUAAGCGAAGAAGCAAGUCAAGCUCUCAUUGAAGCGUAUGUGGAUAUGAGGAAGAUUGGAAGUGGUAGAGGAAUGGUUUCUGCAUAUCCUCGACAGCUGGAAUCUUUGAUUCGGCUGGCGGAAGCGCAUGCUAAAGUGCGAUUUUCUAAGAAAGUAGAGACAGUGGAUGUUGAAGAAGCAAAGCGUCUUCACCGUGAAGCUCUGAAACAGUCCGCUACGGAUCCAAGGACUGGAAUUGUGGACAUAUCUAUUCUCACCACAGGGAUGAGUGCCACUGCCCGUAAACGCAAAGAAGAACUGGCUCAGGCUUUGAAGAAGGUUAUUCAGUCUAAGGGUAAAACACCAGCUCUAAGAUAUCAACAGCUCUUUGAGGAUCUCCGUGCACAAUCUGAAACAGCUGUCACUAAAGAGAUGUUUGAAGAAGCACUGCAUGCAUUGGCUGAUGACGACUUCUUGACUGUGACUGGGAAGACUGUUAGACUUCUCUAAAUAAACCCUAACUUUACAGGAAUGAAACUAUAAAACUAACUUCUUGGUGUAACUUUGCUAAUACAAUAUGCUUACAUCAUACUUGUUAGACUGGAAUUGGACCAGGAGGUCAUCACUAUCAGCAUGGAAAAUCAGUGUUAAGAUUUUGCUUAUUAAGGAAUGUUAAUUCUUUCAGCACAGUUAAUUUCAGCACAUUUUUUCCUCAGCAUCUUUUAAAGAUUAAGCUCUAUACAUAAAAUCUCAAACCAUAAAAACUUACCAUUACAAUUUUUCAAUUCAGAUUCAUAUGAAUGUCUCCUAUAGCACUAUUUCUGCAUAUUAGAUAAUGCUUGUGAAGAUUUUGUUUGUAAUAAAAUGCAGAUUACUUAUUCUACUUCAUUGUG